GUGGACGUUGGUCUAUCUCUAUAUGGCUUCUCUCAUAUCUCCUCUCAUACCUCAUAUCCUAUCUAUCUCAAAUCCACUACCUACAACGUGGACAUCCUCCCCCACCAGCCAAACACAUUGGCCAACCACAUUUAAAAACUGUUCACUGAACCAAAAGGUAGACAUUAGUGGGAUGCCCCCUUUAAAGAGAUUUGACUGCAUUUUAAAACAGAAAAAAGAAGGUGGAACAAGAAUGUGUCCCUUCACAAAAUUUUUCUAUUACAAAAAUAGCAGUAAUAUCAAUUUUUACAAAAAUGCGCAAAGGUUAAGGCGAUCUAUAUUAAAUUCUACUUAAUUUUUCUAGCCAGCAAAAUAGUCAAUUUAAUUAAUUUACUUAAUAUUAAUUUUUAGAUUAAAAAAUCUUUAAAUAAAAUUUAUUAAAAAUGGGUGUAGACGGAAUGGAGCAACAACCAGGAAUGAGUCCCAACGAUUCUAGAAUACGUUUAGCUGUAUAUGAUGUUCAAAAACAAUUUCGUAUUUAUCAUAUUGGGGUGCUUGUUAAGGGGCAAGAAUUUCAUUAUGGAAUGAGAAUUGGGGUUUUUGCUUGUGCUCCCAUGAAUGAAAGGAAAACUUUUAAUGUCCGCUAUGUUAAUAGAUUGGUCCGGUGGAGGAUUAAGUUUAUGCGAUUCAUAGACAGACUAAACUUAACAACACGCUUAACCUUGGAACAAAUAAUGCAAGUAAAAGAAGAAUUGAGUAAAAAAUAUCGCAAAGAUAACUAUCAUUUACUUAAUAAUAAUUGCAUUGACUUUGCAAAAGAAUUUGUUAAAAGAAUUGCUGCCCCGGUACAAAGAAGCUCGCUGUUUUUCUGGCCUCAAGAGAUGAGACAACCUUUGAUUAUUUGCCCUAUACGUUUAAUCUUUCAUGAUAAAGAAAAAGGAAGCAAGAAGGAGAUUAGUGAAGACACGAUGUUAUUAAUUAAAAAUGAAAGGUGAGAAAGAAUUUUCUUGU